GUUAUCAUUACCUUACUUAACAUAGUAAAUUUUGAUCCAGUUUGAUUUGUAUAUAAAGAAAACGAAUUAGUUGGUUAGAGCUUUCUCAUAAAUAUGGCAGGACUUAAGGUAUUUGUUUUAUUUGCUCUUGUGGCAACAACCUAUGGAUUCCACCAAAUAAGAGCUAGAAACACUCGCAAUGGCUUAGGUUUGGACGGUUCUACACAGGCUACAGAUGGACAAUUCCCCUGGGUAGUUUCACUUCAAUCAAGUUUUUUGUUUAUUAACUCACACGUUUGUGGAGGUGUCAUCUUAAAUGAAAACUGGGUACUUACAUCUGCAGAAUGCCAGGAUGCUGCUAACAAAGUAGUAGCCGGCGCUGUUAAGCUACAAGGAGAUGAUCCCAAUAAACAGACUGUUGAUAUUGAACAAUGGGUGGUUCAUCCCGACUAUAACUCACAAGAAGUUGGGCCCAACGAUAUUGCUCUAGUCAAACUAAAGGAACCUUUGAAGCUUAACGAUGCCGUUAAAGCCGCUAAUUUGCCCGAGCAAGGAGCAGCAGUUAAUGGAUCAGCUGAUCUUGUUGGAUAUGGUGACAGCUUCUUGCCUGAUUUCAACACUUUAGGCUACAUUUCAGACUUGCCUCUUAUAAGUUACGAUGACUGCAAACAAGCUCUUGACGAUUUAUUGCAACAGGAAAGCCCUUUGGAUGAAAAAAGCAACCUUUGUGCAGGAGUAUUGGCAAAUGGAGCUAACAACUGCGACGGGGAUACCGGUAGCCCUCUUACCCAAAAUGAUGUUGUCAUUGGUAUCACCACUUGGAUCAUCACCCCUUGCAAUAGCAAGGGAGCCCCUGAUGUAUUCACCAAUGUAGCCAACUUUGUUGACUGGAUCAAUGAAAACAUUUCACAAUAAAAUUGAAAGGAACAAUUGUUCUUUAAUUACGAUAAUAUAUAUUUAAUUUCUCGUA